AUGAUGAGUCCACCACCAUCAUCAUCACAUCAUCAACAACACCAUCAGCAUCACCAUAAUCAUCAUCAUCUUCACCAUUCAACUCUUCCACCAUUAAAUUCAUUUCAUAAUUAUACUGCUGGAGUGAUGCAACAUUUUGAUGGUUUUCAUGGAGGUUCUGCAACCUCUCCUUAUGGUUCUCCUUCGUUCUCUCUACCUACAACACCUACAUCAAACUAUGGCCUUGGAAAUGGUCAAUCAUCGGUAGGCAUUGCAUCACCUCUUCCAAAUGUAUUGCAUUCGCCUUCUUCAGUGGGGACAUCUCCACAACUCAACAAUGGAUCGAAUGUCAUGGUCAACAAACCAUCAACUUCAGCCUUUGGUAAAGUUUCUACAGCUCCAACCCCUAGUGAAAUUGUACCAAAUUUUGUCAUUGACCAAGUGAGUAAAAUUACGAAUAGAGAUGAAUAUGAACCAAUCAGUCACGAGAAUUUAAUGUCAAUAAGAAAGAGCAAGAUUAUUUCACCAAAUAAUGAUAUUUCUAAAAGUAAGAAUCAAUCUACUUCAGAGGAUGAGGACUAUGAUGAUGAUGGAUCAGAUUCUGCACAAAAAACAAAAUCCGAUAAGAAGAAGUACCACCCUAUUGCCUGUGUGCAGUGCAGAUGUGAACAGCGAUAUGGGUUGUUGGAUCUUGCUGAAGAAUCCCACAAGCAUGCGGAGAAGGAAGUUGCCAGAUUGAUAGACCACUUUACAAACUUUUACAUGGUUGCUUGUUAUAUCAAUAUGGCACUGUAUGAAUCAGGUGGUGGAAAUUACAAAAAGGCAAGAUUUUACUUGAACAAUGUGAAUUUUUACUUUGAGGAUGAGGAGAAUAUGAAUAAGGAUUUCAACUUUUACGAGCAAAAUUUGAAAAAGUUUAGAGUAUUUGUUGUUGGAUCAUGCCAUUCGGAUAUUGAUAAUAUUGGAUCGUUGGGCACGUUUGUGGAAAUGAUGCCUCGAAUGUUUAAACUGGCUUCUGGAGGACAAGAUAUGCAACUUCCUCCAGAAUGUUGGCAAGUUUUCAAUUCUAGGAACGUCACCCCCGAUAAUUACAUGCUUUUCAUGCAAAUUAUGGAUAUGGUGUCUAAAGCAUUCGAAAAAUAUAGAGCUAUCCUUUAUGGUAUGGCAACGGAUUGUCACUCUCCAACAUUCUUCAGAUUCCAAGAUUUACAAAGGGCCUUCAUUAACAAUGGUAUUAGAUUUUUACUAUUGGAGAAGGUUGUCAAUGUGGCCUCAAACUUUGCUGAAGAAACCGCUCUGAAAAUUACACUUCUCACAGAACAUGACCUGUUCCCUUCCACAACCAGCAAGAUUAUCUCUACAGCUCACACAACUUUUACCACAUCAAAAAAAAUGUCAUCCUCAUCAGCAUCUUCCGAAUCAAAGUUUGCAAUUCUAGUCAUUGACAGUGAACAAAACAAUUGGGAUUUGCUCUUCUCCGAGAAUAAUCUUCUCACCAAAUAUAAUUUAGAAAUUGAACAAACCACGUGGGAGAAUAUUGCCUCUGUCACCUCCUUCAAUGAUGGAAAUAAUAAGAAGAGAGCAUGUGAAAUAUCGUUGAGACCUUGGAAAACAACUUGUACAUUCAAUGAUCGUAGGAAUAGACAACGAAUUUUCCAUGCUAAUUUUGUAUUGGUUAGGAAAUUAGUUCAGGGAUUGAAAAUUGAUCAACAUAAUUAUGUCAAUCACUUGUUGGGAAUGAUGCAUUGUAAUUUGCCUUCUAUCAAUUCAUUGCAUUCAAUUUAUUUGAAUUUACAAAGACCAUUCAUUCAUGGAAUUUUAUCUGGAAUUAGAGAUGAGAAGGGAGCUGAUAAAUUCCCUCUCAUUGAUCAAUAUUAUCAUGGUGAACCAAAUUCCAUUCUUUUCACACCUUCAUCCUCUGAUAAGGUUGUCAUUAAAGUUGGAAGUGCAGAAGCUGGAUUUGGAAAAGUACUCUUGGAUAACAAUAAUGGAACAUUACGUGAUUUUGGAGGAUGCAUUACGAGAUAUAAUGAUUUUUUCACAAGUGAACCUUUUAUUGCCAAUAGAAAGUGUGAUAUCAGAUUGCAAAAGAUUGGAAAGAAUAUUAGAGUUUAUGAAAGAGUGAGUUCUAAUUGGAAAGGCAAUGUUGGAAAUUCAAUUCUUAAAGAAGUGGAAGUGAAAAAGCAUUAUAAGGAGUGGAUUAAAUGGGUUGAUGAAGCUGUCAAGUCCAAAAUGGGAAGUCCAAUGGAAAUUUUCACACUCGAUGCCAUUCAAGUUGAACCAGAACCUGGCAAGUUUGUAGAAUAUAUUUUGGAGAUCAAUGAUUGUGCCAGUGGUCUAGCUCCAGAUAAUUUACAGGAGGAUAUUAGAAAUAUUAGAGAUUUGGUAAUUUCAAAAAUUAGUGAUCUCGUUUAA